GGUCAACCCCGAUCGUAAAAAUGGCCGCCAGCAAGGAAGGUGCCGGUCCGUCGACACACAGAAUUGCCGAGGCUCGAGACGCCAUGAAGACUGUGAAGGAGAUAUCAGACCUUUUGAACACAGGUCUGGAUGAGGAGACUCUGAAGGUGUGUGUCCAACUUCUGGAGGCUGGAGUCAACCCAGAGGCUCUGGCUGCUGUCGUCAGAGAGCUCCGCAGGGAGACAGCCGCCCUUAGAGAAGCGGAAGAAGCAAGCAGAUAGCCAAGAACGUCCAGAUGGUAUUGGUCUUUAUGUCGACUGCCCCUCACCACUCACUUCUCACUUUCCCCACAAUUGCUCCCUUCACUGAUUUUAUGACUUGUUGUAUGGAAGGUACAGUGAUUGACAGAAUAAUAUGAUGGCUGUGUGACUGAUUUCUGUGCGUGAGCUCAUGAUAAUGACUGCAAGCGUUUGUUCAUCUUUUGGUUCAUGAUGGCCUCUCUUUUCUCUGCUGCAUCCUACACACAGCAUCAACAUGGUAUACAAUGGUCAAUCUUCAAACACAGUGGAACAUCUCUCUAAGGGCACCAACCAAAAAAUGAACACAAGUCUCUAAAAGCACAUCAUUUCUUUUCCUAAACAGUUUCUUACAAUCAUGUGAUUUACCCCAUGCAAUAAGGACGUGGUUACUUUUCCAAAGAACAAUGUAUCCCUAAAGUAAGGACACAUCUCUAAAUAUGGGCAGUUUAUUCUGUCCCAUUAAGGUCUUAAUUAGAGGGGUUCCAGUACGCCUGCCUUGAUCUGCCAGGCAGUUUUG